AUGGUGGACGUCCGGUCCAAGAACCUCUAUGAGCUUCUUGGCAAUGAUCCCGAGCUCGACCCCAACAGACCCCCUGCCCCUCCCGCCCGGGCUGUCGACCGACCAGCUGCCCGUGUUGGCAAGCGUGAUGCCCCCAAGGAGGCUCCCGCUGCCGGAGCUGCCGCUCCCCGCGCUGAGAACGCUGGCCGCCGUGGUGGCCGUGUGAACGCUGGCAACGACGCUGCCUACCGUGACCGUAACGCCGGUCGCACCAACAACCGCUCCAAGCCUACCGACGAGGCCGAGCAGCCCGCCCGCCCUCGUGGCAACCGUGGUCCCCGCGGUGACCGUCAGUCCCGCACUGGCCAGACCGAUACUCGCAAGCAGGUCCAGCAGGGCUGGGGCGCCGAGUCCGGCGAAAAGACCUGGGACGACGAGCGUGUUGGCGAGAACAUCGCCAAGGAGGACGAGAAGGACCCCCAGACUCCCGCUGAGGAUGCCGAGGAGGCCGAUAAGUCCAAGUCUUUCACCGACUACCUCGCCGAGAAGGCCGCCCGUGAGUCUCUGGCUGCCAAGCCCGUCCGUGCCGCCAACGAGGGCGCCGCCGGUGACAAGAAGUGGGCUACCGCUACUGAGCUGAAGCGCGGUGACGAGAACGUCAGCUACAUCGCCCCUACCGCUGAGAAGACCCAGCGCCAGAAGCAGCGCAAGGAGAAGAACCUCCUCGAUGUCGACAUGCGCUUCGUCGAGCAGCCUCGCACCGGUCCCCCCUCCGGUGACCGUCCCCGUGGCGGCCGUGGUGGCCGUGGUGGCGAGCGUGGUGACCGUGCUCCCCGCGGUGACCGUCCUGCUCCCCGUGGUGACCGUCCUGCUCGUGGUGGCGACCGUGCCCCCCGUGGUGACCGUGCUCCUCGUGGUGGUGCCGCUCCCCGUGGUGGUGCUGCUCCCGCUCCUCGCGGCGGCCGUGGUGGUGCCCGUGCCCCUGCCGGCCCUACUGUCGACGAGAAGAACUUCCCUAGCCUGGGCGGCAACUAA